GUAGGAUCAUAAAAUAUUUUCCAAAACUAAUUGAAAAAAUGCCACGCGGGCGAUUGCAAGCGAACUCUGAGGGAACUUCCAUCCGGAGCACAUUGUCCGGACACACACUAUUGAAAAUUGAUAAAAUGAUACAAACCCUUACGUCCCGGCGCAGAGGAUCGUCCAGUAAUUUGUCUGUUGACGAUAUAAGUUCAGUCUGCAUGAGGGCGCGCGAGUCCUUUAUGACCCAACCAAUGUGCUUGAGUGUAAAGGAGCCGGUUUGUUUGGUGGGCGACAUACACGGCCAGUUCGAAGACCUAAUCAGAAUAUUCACACACAACGGCCUGCCGCCAAAGAAGAGAUACCUCUUCCUAGGAGACUAUGUCGAUAGGGGCAAGAAUUCUGUCGAGGUCAUGACACUAUUAUUAUGCUAUAAGGUGAAAUUUCCAGACUGCUUCUAUCUGCUGCGUGGAAACCACGAGAGUGAGGGCCUCAACAUGGAAUAUGGUUUCUUUGAUGAGUGUAAGCGGCGCUUCACAAUCAAGCUCUUCAAGAGUUUCGUUGACUGUUAUAAUUGCAUGCCAGUUGCUGCAGUAGUCUCAAAGCGAAUAUUCUGUUGCCAUGGCGGUCUGAGUCCGCAUCUGGCAAACAUUGAACAGAUCAAUCAUAUAAAACGGCCCACAGGAAUUCCAAACAGUGGGCUUCUGUGCGAUUUAGUUUGGGCCGAUCCGGAGAACAUAUUCGGCUGGGGAACAAACACUCGUGGAGUGAGCGUUACUUUUGGAAGGAAUAUAGUCGAUAACUUCGUAGCCAGAAACGAUUUCGAUUUAGUCGUCCGCGCACAUCAAGUUGUCGAAGAUGGCUAUGAGUUUUUUGCCAAGCGCCAACUGGUAACGCUCUUCUCGGCCCCCAACUAUUGUGGUGUGUUCGAUAAUUCAGGAGCUACCAUGUAUUUGGAUGAAAAUCUAUCGAUAUCGUUUUGCAAAUUUUUACCAAAUAGUGAACCCAGGCCCUCCUUUGUCAUAGCAACGGUCCACUUACACGUACGACCCACUCUCCCAAGACUUUUUCAGGGAUGA